CACUCUUGUGAACCACAGCUGGAAACAUUCGGCCACAACUUGUACUGCGCCUGUCAACAAGAGUUUCCUGGUAAUUUUUGUAUUUUUUCAGGAUGAGUCACGGUAAACUAAUUCCCAGGCUCUCUAUUCAGUCUCCUGUGCAUCGUGCCAGCCUAAAGGUCCAGGCCACAGAACCGCCUUUUCAGAAAGAAGACUUACCUCUGAUUUCCAAAGAUUCCCUGGAAGCCGACUCAGAGAGCCUCAGUCCCCAGAGUGCCUCUCAGGCUGAGCGUGGAGAGCGAAGCCAGGACAGCGACAUGGAGCGGGACAGCUUGGAGGAGAGCUCUCCCAGGGACAGCCUGAGUGAGACAGAGGAGGAAGCCAGCAGGAAGGCGGCCCAGGCGGCCAGCAAGGACAGCCGUGCCCAGGACAAGGGUGCGGGCAGCAGCCAACAGUCCAAAGAAGACAAAUACUCAGAUCUCCGCUAUGACCCAAACUGGAGGAGUAAGAGAGAGGAAGGGCACGUGCUGACUAUGGAAGCAUCGCCGGAGUCUGCGGACGGGUCUGCAGACGAGCUGGCUCGGGGUCCGCUCUUCCCCUCGGAGACUUCCACGGGACCCUCGGCGGGGCACGGCCCGCAGGACAGGAGCCCACAGAGCGAAGCCUCCCUACUUGGUAGUGAGUUUUUAAGCCCAAACUCUGAUCAUGGUGCCCAUCACAGCACCCGGAUCUCGGGGCUGAGCGACAGGGACCUGGCGGAGACGUCCAGCAACCUCUCUCAGUACGUGCAGAGUUCAAGUUCACACAAUGAGGUCUUCUGGCCAAGAUCACGGGGCCCUCGGCGAAGGAAGUCCAAACAAUAUUUUGUGGAAAAAAACAAGCUGACUUUGGGAUUCCCCACUCCUAAAGUGGACUCUUAUCUUCAACUUCACAAUAAAAAAAGGGAGGAAAGUCACACAGAACAGGAACACUGGUCUCAAUAUGAAAGUGCAGCAUCGAGUCAGGAACCUAGAGGGCCAUCUCCCGAAGCCGCCAGUGGCCAGCAGCCUUCCAGAAGAGCAGCCGGGCACAAGGCUGGAAAACAGCAGAAGCACAAACCUGGCCUGAAGUCUUUGGUGCCGGAAGAGCUGGUGUUCAGUCAGGGAAACCCGAAAAACACUCCCAGACGGCAACCAACUCAGAACAAGCCUGUUGAUGCUCCCAUAAGGCAUGAGACAGCUGCGGUCACGCAUGCCCCCAGCAACGACUUACAACACUCAGGGGCACCUAGGGGCCAGGGGCCCCACGGAACCUCCAAUAGAUUUGCUCCACCACAGCAGACUUUUGACAAGGCGUUAUUAUACAAAAAUGCUCCUGGAUAUCACUCAGUGAUGAAUUUUAAUAAAAAAAGAGGACGCAAAGACCAAGAAGAGGACAGAUUCUCAUACCAGCAGCUACACAUGAACACUCUUUCCAAUAUGGACUUGAACUACCUUAAUGGACUCACUAAGAGACAAGUGCCCCCGAGUUACAAAGGCUCUCAGUCUGCUUCUAACUUAAAUGUUAACAGAGCAACUGAAAAUAAGAAGCAACCCAAACAAACUUACACAGAGACCAAAUAUAAGAACUUGGAAAUAUUGUGGAACUUCCAUCCUUCCCCCGACAGCCCCCCUGCCGAGUCCCCAGGCUCGAGGCUGGGGCGGCUCAUGGAGCAGCACCAACAAGCCUUGGCGCAGCUGGCGGAGGUGCAGCCCGGCGCAGGGGCCUCGGCCAGGGUCACAUUCCCACCCAUUCUGCCAAGAACAGAAAGCGAAUCCCAACUCAACUCCGAGAAAAGCCGAAGAAACGAGCUGAAAAUAAGCCGUGCCAACUCGGAAGGCUAUCUGUUUCAACUGGAGAAAGGGAAAAAGCACAGGAAACGCAGCAUUAAGAGUUCCAAGCUGAAAGGUUAUCAGAAAAGAGACGUGAAGCUUGGAGGCCUUGGACCUGACCUUGAGUCCAUCAGAGAUAAAAUGCAGAAACUGAGACAGCAAAAGGAAUACGCAAAGCAGGUGAAGGAGUACAACAUGAAGACGCUCUCCCUCCUCUCAAACCCGCAAACAGCGAAAGCCGAGAAUAGCCCCGCCAUCUCUCGGCAGAAGGCUUUGGAAUAUGCUAAGACCAUCCCAAAACCCAAACCUUCAAACCUGGCGGAUCAAGCGUCCAAGGAAACGAAAAACCCAACCUCGGCUGCAGAAGACACGUUACCUGAAAUCUCACUGCUGGGCGUCCUGCAGAGCAGACACGAGAGGGAAAAGCAGGCCGUGGCUGCCUUCAAAGUCCUGCACAUCGUGUAGCGACGUGUGGGGACCACAGUGCCCAGCGGGCGGCCCUGCAGCAAGGACGCGACAGCCAGCCGCUCCGCCUCAGUGAUGACCUGUCGUCAGGCUGCAGUCCCUGCUUGUAUAGCAUAGGAUGUAGGACAUGGGGCCCUAGUCUACUAUGGUGCCAUAGUGUACUUUCUGUGAAGAAAUGUUUUAAUUAUUUAUUUUCAAAUCAGUUGAACUUUGGGCCUAAUAAGAAUUAGGGAAUAAAGCCUUUGGGUUUUAUAUUGGAUCUUUUUAUUUCUUAAACAAUCUGUUCUCUUCCUUAGCAAUGAAAACCAUGAAAUUACCCAAAAAUAAACGUAUCAACUUGUGUUUCUCUCUUUUA